AUGCGAAUGUCAUCCAUGAAAAGGAGACGGCGAUAUUGGGUGCAUCCCAUUACAUCAUGCCGAAUGACACAAGGUGUUUAUUCGACCCUUUAUCAAGAACUCCGAAAACACCCUGUCAAAUUUACAGAAUAUCUCUGUGUAAGUGUCGCAAGCUUUGAUGACCUUUCCCAACGUUUACGUCGCCGAUUGAGACGGAAGGAUACGAAAUUUCGUCGAAGUGUAACUCCCGAAGAACGACUCAUGUUCACUCUGCGGUUUCUGGCUAGUGGUGAAAGUUUUUCCAGUCUUCAUUUUCAAUUUCGACUAGGAAAAUCUACAAUAUCUUACAUUGUUAAAGAUACCUGCCGGGCAAUUUGGAAUCUUCUGCGUGAAGAAUUUCUUCCCCAUCCUACUUGCCAACAGUGGAUCAGCAUAGCCGACAAGUUUUAUGAGGUGACACAGUUUCCCAAUUGUAUUGGUGCAGUGGAUGGGAAGCAUGUGAGGCUCUUGAAGCCCCCACGUAGUGGAUCCUCGUUUUUUAACUAUAAAAAGUAUUUUUCUGUGAUCCUAAUGGCAAUUGUUGAUGCAAAUUACAAAUUUGUGGCUGCUGAUAUUGGAGCUUUUGGACGAACAAAUGACUCACGUGUUUUUAAAAAUUCUAAUAUGGGAAGAAGGCUGUACUCCGGAAACUUUGGUAUACCAGAGCCCAGGCCUUUACCAGGUACUACAAACCCUGCACUUCCAUUUGUUCUAGUCGGAGAUGAAGCUUUCCAAAUGUGUGGAAAUUUACUGAAGCCAUAUGCCAGCCGUGGUCUAGACUAUCGCAAAAGAGUGUUCAAUUACAGACUGACUCGAGCAAGAAGAAUGGUCGAGUGUGCUUUUGGCAUAUUGACUGCAAAAUGGCAAAUAUUCACUCGUGCAAUACAAUUGAAAACAGAUACUGUGGAUGAUGUCAUAAAAGCAUGUGUUGUGUUGCACAAUUAUGUACUGACCAAAGAGCCUUUGCCUACGGAGCCACUGUCAUUAAAUCCACCAGGAGAUCACAUAGAAACUGGCCCAAGAUCAACAGUUGCUGGUCCAAUCUGCUAUGAUUAUCAUGUUAGUUCUUGGCUUAUGCAAGCUGAUAAGUGCACAAUAAUUACACACAUAUCUGAAACAUCCUUAAAAUUAAUCUAA